AUGGGUAGGGGCGGGGGAAGUAGCAGCCGCCAGCGCGGUCCGCCCUCUUCCACUGCGGCCGUGGGAAUGGAAACAUCUGACCCACAGGCCAGCGCCCAGCCUUCGCGGGUAUCAUCGCGAGACCAGCUCGCUGGACUAUCCGUGUCCAGUCAGGGACAUUUUGACUCACUGGACCUUGCAGAACUGGCUAAAAAGCAACAAUGGUGGCAUAAGCUCUUCGGGCAGGAAUCUGGGCCCGCAACUGAAAGGUAUAGCAUGGCCGCCCAGCUGAUAAUUGGAGGUGUCACUGGAUGGUGCACCGGCUUCAUAUUCCAGAAAGUUGGGAAGUUGGCUGCAACAGCUGUGGGAGGAGGUUUUCUCCUCCUUCAGCUUGCGAACCAUGCUGAGUACAUCAAAAUAGACUGGCAACAAGUAGAGAAGGACAUGAAGAAAGCCAAGGAACAGCUGAAAGGCCAAAGGAGCACCCAGUUCCCUAUGGAGGUGAAAAGCAAAGCUGAGGAGAUCGUGUUGUUUGUGAAGACGAACAUCAUGUUGGCUGGUGGAUUUCUCGGAGGCUUUCUGCUUGGCAUGUAUUCCUAA